AUGCCUGCAGACGACUUCCAAAUCAUAUAUAAACGAGCCUCCGCCCUUGGGGUCGAAAUACCAGGUGCUACAUAUCCAGAUGCAUGCAAGAAGUCUGCUGAAUCCGAUGAGCACUCUGACGCAGCAAACGAUGAUGGAACGGCCGAACAAUUCCUCACCGAGAUGAUCCUUGUCCAUACGCCCAAUGUCCGCACUAUUGAUUAUCGGGUUCGCAACCGGACCACCAUAUUUGGGACACUCUGCUCAGCUUCGAAUGGCAUGAAACGAAAACCUCUUUUCCCCAAGCUGAUCGAUUUCCGCAUGGAAAAUCUCGGAUCGGCGCAGCGUGUUAAGCCAUUAGCCGAGUGGGCACCGAGUCUGGACUCUCUAUGGUUGGAAACUGCCCAAGGGCCUGUCGCAGGGUUACAAUUCAACACGGUCAGGGUCCUCUUGCUCACCAAAGCCCAGUUCAAUGAUGCCGAAAUGAAAGAGUUGAUACGAGGCUUUCCUAAUGUCAAAAAGUUCUGGUUCACCUGGUCUAUCAAUGAGCGUAUCCCUACCCCCAGUGAUUACAACCAACUUCUUUGUAGUCCACAAGGGGUAGUGGACGCAUUGCAGCCGCUCAAGGCACAAUUGACUGAGCUGACCUUGCGAUUCGACGACUGGCAAGGCUUCUUCUGCAGUCACAUAAGGACCGAGGGCCCUGUUAAUGUGGUCGAGUCGUUCAAAGACUUUGAAGCGCUGCAAAGGUUGGAUAUUGAUGGUGCAACUUUGUACGACCAGACACGCAACGCAAACGAAAGCUACGAUGCACACAUAGCAAGGCCGUUGGAUGGAAUACUGCCGGGCAGCCUCAAGUCUUUGAACUUGAUGGAUUUACGGAGAGGGCCUGUUGAUGAUGACUUGUUAACAUUUGCGUCUUGUGCGGGAAACUGCUGCCCUGAGUUGCAGAGGAUUGACUACCAGCGGAGCUUUAGGAAGGGAGGCAUGUAUCGAAUUCCUCCCGCGGAGUUGAGCGAGUUGAAAAAUGAAUUUGGAGCAAACGGCGUCAUUUUUGAAUCGCACAACGACACUAGUCACAAACCGGUUUCAUGGAGAAAAUAG